AUGAAUAAUUCAUCAGAUAAUAAAUCAACGCCAACUGUUUCACAUAUUCAAGUCAUUCCAGCUAAGCGAGGAUCUGAAAAAAAAACAAGUACAACUAAUAUUGCUGGCCAUUUAAGAAGUAAACAUCGAAUUAUUGAUGGAAAAGAAGCUGAAGCAAUUUGA